AUGAUGAAACACUUAUGUAAAAAUUAAGUCAAGUCAAAUAAUAGUAAAAUUAAAAUGUAAUCAAUUGAUCUUUAAAAAUAAACUUAAAGAUCAGAUAAUUUUCUUAAGGAUAAGUGA